AUGGCAAGCAGGAUCGCCGAGGAGCUGCGGGAGGCACGGAGCUGGAGCGGAGCCUGCGACCUGCGGCCGCUGGACGGGAACCUGCUGCGGUGGGGGGGGCUGCUGCUGCCCAAUAACCCCCCGUACAGCGCAGGAGCCUUCCGCUUCGAGCUGACCUUCUCCCCACACCACCCCCUGUCCCCGCCCUGUGCCACCCUCCGCACCAGCAUCUAUCACCCCGGCGUGGACGCCGCCGGCCGGGUCUGCCAGCCCCUCACCUCUGCGCAGCACUGGGUGCCCACCACCCGUGCCGUCCAAGUGCUGCAGGACCUGCUGCUGCUGCUGGACAGCCCAGACACGGAGCGGGUGCUGCGGCAGGAGCUGUCCCGGGAGCUGCGCCUGCAGCCGGAGCUGUUCUGGCGCCGGGCAGAGGAACACACUCGGUGCCACGCAGAGCCGCGCCCGGACCGCCCUGCGCCAUGAGUGCCCCACCCGGCAGCACCCCCCAUUCACCCCUCCCUCUGUGCCAGCUGGGGCUGGCCUUGACAUUGCCCCCCGACCUGGAGCCUGGGUGCCCAGGCAGGCACUGACUGUGAGCUGGUCCUGGCACCCUACGUGGGCUACUCCCCCCCAAGUUAAUAAAUUGCCUCC